AUGACUCUAUUCGCCGAAUUGAACUUUCUCGCGAGGUCCGCCUACAUUGCCAUGGCGGGUGUCCUCGUGGCCGUUACAAUCAUGAUCGUUGUGAAUCCUCUACAACAAAUUUACAACUUCUUUCGCAAUCCAAGGGGAGAACCUGGUCCGAGUCCACCAUGGUAUGAAUUGAUAGACGAACACGCCGUGGAAAGCGAUGAGGAGGAUGAGGGCAGCUGGCUGCUGUCAUGA